AUGCGCGGGUGGUGCCGCUUGCGCGUGCGUUACUUCUACCAGCGCCUGCUGUCGUCCGUCUCGCGCGUGCAGGAGAUGUCGGCGCUGGUGAAGGUGUUCAACGGGUACGGCCCGCGCAGCAGCACGAACCUCACCUACUGGGGGCUGGCGGGGUGUGCGGACAACCGCAGCAUGGAGCUGUACAACGCCGCCACCCUGGGCAUGUCGGACCUCACCACGGGCACUCUCGUCAUGCUCGUGGACGACAGCGACAGGCCAGUGGUUGAGCGCAUCACAGGCCGGCCCAUCCUGUCGCUGCUGGGCCUGCCGUCCCCCCGCAAGCCGCUGUACAUAGUGAACGUGCUGGGCGGAAUUGAAGCGGCUGACCCCAUCCCGCCCUUCACGGACUUCUCUUCCACUGUGGCCCCUGGCGUCCUCCCCACCUUACUCCUGGGCACCCCUGCCGCCUCCCCGCCUUUAUUUUUCGGCGGAAAUCAUCGUGUGGGCACUGUGUUGAUGGUGCCUAUCCGGCGCCAUCCUGUGCCACCGGACGCGUCACCAGAGCAGCAGAGGGAGAGUGUGAGCACCGUGUGGGCAGGCUUCUACUUCCUCGAGGAGGACCUUCACUACCUCCUUGCACUGCUUCAUAAUGGCACCGGCCCCCCCUACUCACUGGCCAUGUACGACACAACCGACCCAUUGCAGCCCAUUCAGGUGGUCGGCCCGGAGCCCCUGCGUGUGCAGAAUGGGUCCUUCUACCCAUACGUGCUUCCUGGGCCUGUCGUGCCGCACCCUAAGCACGUUGAACCCUUUCCCGAGGACCUGCUGGGCCGCAAGUACGAGGCGCACUGCAGGUUCGAGGGCGCGUACCCCAAGUGGGAGCUCGUGUAUGCCCCCAUGCUGCUGGGCCUGCUCGUGCUGCUCGUGGCCAUGCUGCUGUCUGCAGUCAUUGCGGUGCUGGCGUGGAAGCAAAGGCAGAUGGCAGAGGCGGUGGCGGAGAUGCAGGUGUGCACGGCGGCGCUGGAGAAGGCCGAGCGCUCCAAGAGUGAGACGGUGGCCAACACCUCGCAUGAGCUGCGCACCCCCAUCGUUGGCAUGAUAGGCAUGAUAGAAGAACUGCUGGAGUCGCGGUUGGAGGAGUGGCAGGUGGCGGAUCUGCGGGUGGCGAGGGCAUGUGCGGGCGAGACGGUGGAGCUCAUCAACCGAGUGUUGGACCUCGCCAAGCUGCAGGCCGGCCGCCUGCAGCUCGAGACUCUCCCGUGCUGCCUGCGCCGCAUCGUUCGGGACGCGACGGCACUCGCUGCCUCAGAUGCGCACACAAAGGAGUCGCACGUGACAUGCCACGUGGACGAGAGUGUGCCAGCUGUCCUCAUGGGGGAUCCAACUCGCCUCUUGCAAGUCAUCGGGGAGCUCACGGCCCACGCCAUCGGCAACACCACAGGGGGCCACGUGACCUUCCACGUCGGCUGCAUCCCUCCCCCGCCUCCCCUCCCCGCUUCAACCAACUGUUUCGAUCUGCACGGGCCAUCCAACACCUCGCCUGCCACUCAGCCUCCCUCAAAUCCUGGGGCCUCCUCCACGUGGCACCAGCUGGCUGCCUGUGUGCGCCGCUUCCCCCCUCCCACCGCCCUCGCGUGCCUCCCUCGGAUCCAAGCGGGAAGGCCGGGUGGCAGGGCCAAGAGCAGAGGAGGGGAGGAGCAGCGGCAGAUGGGGUUGAUUGAGCGCUGCUGCAGGCGCGUGGCAGCGGCUACAGGCAUGGGGGCGGCAGGCAGGGGGGCGGCAGGCAGGGGGGAGUAUGAAGGGUCAAGUGGGAGGGGAGGAGAGGAGGCACAUGGUGGGGCUGGGCGGUUGGAGGAGGAGGUGAGGGAGUGGGUGGAGGAAGCGUGCAGGGCGAGGGCGGAGGGCGAGUGGAUGGUGGUGGUGGUAUGUGAGGACACGGGCGGUGGUAUACCACCGGAGGAGAUGCGGUGGGUGCUGGACCCACACGGGGACUCCCACCACGCUGCACACAUCUCUCAUGCACCACCCGCUGCUGCUGCUGCUGAUGCUGCUGAUGCUCGUGGUGAUGGCGACAAUCAGAAUGGUCAAGGCGUCAAGCAGGGCUCUUUCUUUCCCUUCUCUCUCAUUCGCCGCCCCAAGAGGCGAGCAACCACAACUGCUCUCACGCACGAGCAGAAGGCAGCUGCUCGCCCCCGCUGGACGCCCUACCCGGUUCGCUUCCUGCUCUCCACCGCCCUUGUGGCGGAGAUGCGGGGAGACAUGGCAGUGCUGUCAGACGCCGCCACAGGCACCGCCAUUCUGCUGGCGCUGCCCCUGGGGGGAGGGGAGGACGUUGACAGCAGUGGGGACGGGGAGUGGGAUGAGGAGGAGGGUGGUGGGGAAAGGGAUGGGUGCGGGUCGGGGUGUGAAGGGGAGCGUGAGGAAUUUGCGAGUGGCGCAAAGCCAGGCAUGCCGCAGCAGGCAUCUGUCCAGCAGCAACAGCAACGGGCAUCACGAACUCACUCUCACCUCAAGCCGCAGGCCAGCGUAUCCGAUGCCUUAGAGGAUGCAGGAGAGGCCACGGGGGAGUUGCCAGCGGUGGCGGCACAGGCAGCAGCGAAAGAGGAGGAGCCGAUACCAGUGGUGGUGAAGGCGGUGCGGCGAACAGCACGGUCGCAUUCUCUCCCCAAACCUCAUUUCCACACGGAGGGCCUGGGAGACGCGGAGGCGCCGGUCCCAGCGGUGGUGUCGGGGCGGCAGACAAGGCGGGCGCACUCGCUCCCCAGAAUGCAUGGCCAGAUGGAGGGAGCGGAGGAGGCGGAGGUGCUGGUGCGAGCAGCGGUGGCGGGGUGGUCGGUGGCAGUGGUGGAUGACAACGCGGUGAACCGCAUGGUGGCACGCAGAACACUGCAGGGCUACGGGGCGCACGUGCUGCUGCUGCCCUCCGGGGAGGACGCGCUGCAAGCGCUCUCCUCUGCUUUCUCCUCUCCCACGGCCUCCCCUUCCAUCCACCUGUUGCUCCUCGACCUGCACAUGCCGCCCGGCAUUGACGGGUGA